AUGCAUAUAUUGAUGUUUACUGGAUUUGCUUGUGAAUCAACACCUGAACUUCGAACAAUAUCACAAAAAACAUUAUUACGCACACAUAUUGAUCUUAAUGAUUUAACAAUAAUAAAAGCAUAUGCUGAAGCUUAUAAUCAAAUUGUUAAUAAUAUUUUAUCAAAUAAAAAACAUCAUAAAAUAUCUUCACGUGAACAUCUUCGUUUAAUUUUAAAAUUAUCUUCACAAACACAAAAUCAAUCAACAGUAAACCCAAAACUUCUAACGAAUGAAUAUUCAUUUGAUUUAAUUGAUGAAUUAUUAACGAAAUUUUCACUAAGAUCUGAUGAUAUAUUUAUUCAUCUUGAUUGUUCUUAUAGUCAUGUAUUAUUACAAAUAGCUGCAAUGAUUUCAUGUAAAAAAAUUAUUGGAAUAGAAAAUAAUUCAUCAAUUAAGAAAAUUGAAGAAAAUUUUCGGUUUUGGAUGAAAUGGUUUGGUAAAAGUUAUAGCGAUUUUCAAAUAAUUGAAGGAGAUUUUUUUGAUAAAAAUUUCCGAUCAAUACUCAAAUCUGGGAAUGUUAUUUUUGUUAAUAAUAAAACAUUUUCCAAUGAUAAAAAUCAUAAUUUAAAAAUAUGUUUUUAUGAUUUACAAAGUGGUUCACGAAUUAUUUCAACAAAACCAUUUAUUGAAUCAAAUAAUCGAGUAACUGCAAGAAAUAUCAAUGAUAUUGAUUCAAUCAUAUCUUUACGUUUAAUUGAAAAUUUAAAAACAAAUACACAAUUAACAUUUUAUCUACAUACAAUUGAUUAUUCAAAAAUUGAACAAUAUUUUCAUCGAAAAGUGUAA